AUGGGCUUUCUGCUCGCCUCGUGCGCAGCCGUCGCUUCGGCAUUAUUCCAGGUCGAGGUCAAGACAGCUGAAGAUAAACAUGUUAAUCUCGUUGUAAAGCUAGAUGAGCUGGAGAGAACAUAUCGCUCCGCAAGUAGCGGAUAUGGCGCAUCUGUCAAAGAACCAGGGAUCUACUGCCAAGCGUACGCAGACCCCAACGGCCGCGACGAACUAGGCGAGCCCUUCAGAAAGGGCAAAGAUGUCGUGUUUGCAAAAUACUCCAAGGCUGCGUUGCCUAUCGGUUCGUUCUUGUGCGUUGAUGAGGUGUCCAAACUGCGACCAGAUGGGAAGGCCGGUGAUCGUAAAGAGGACGACAACGAUUUACAGCUUAGCGGAAAGGGUGGGGAUGAUGAUGAUGAUGACGAUGACGAUGAUUUAGAACCUGGAGAGAGAGAUCAGGGUGAUGAUGCUGAGGGUUCUUUGGAAGCUGACGGGGAAGAUGGGUACGGUGACGAUGACGAUGAUGAUGAUGAUGAUGAUGAUGAUGAUGAUGAGGCGGAUGGGGAUGAUUUGGAUAUCGACUGGAAGGAUUGGGAUGAGGACGGGGGUUUGGACGAUGACGACGACUACGGAGAAGAUACAUUGUCCGACGGACAUGCCUCAAAUUCCAACAGCAAAGGUCUAGUCGAUGACCUGGACGACGGAGAUGAUGCGGAGGAUGACGAGAACUCUCUCAAAUCUGGCAGCCAUGACAGUUCCAGGUUUGAUUUGGACGACGAUGAGGCGGAUGUGGACGGCGCAGAUGACUUGGACGACGACGAGGCGGAUGUGGGCGGUGCAGACGACCUGGACACAGGUGAUGACGAUGGCGAUGGCGACGAUGAUCUGGAGGCCAGCGGGAGGGACGAGAACAGGAAGCACGCUUUGAAAACUAGCGGGAAGGGCGAGAAUGCUGGGAAGGAUCUCGAGACUGACGGAGGGGACGGUGAUGACGUUGAGAGUUUAGAUCUCUAUGAUGACGAGGAUAAACUCGAUGAAGAUCCAGCACAGAAGAAGCAUGGACUGCACAGCUAG